CAGUAUCAGAACAGAAAUACGAGAACCAAAGAAGCAAUAGGUUUUGCUUAAACCCUCUGGAGUGGAGGAAAUAACAGUGAAAAUUUUUAAUUAAGAAAAUGAGGAUCGCAGUAGAAGGAUGCAUGCAUGGAGACUUAGACAACGUCUACAAAACCCUCCAAUACAUGGAGCAAAUCAACAACUACAAGAUCGAUCUCCUCCUAUGCUGUGGCGACUUUCAGGCCGUGAGGAAUGAGGCUGACAUGGAGAGCUUAAACGUGCCGCGUAAAUAUCGCGAAAUGAAGUCGUUUUGGAAGUACUAUUCGGGUCAAGAAAUCGCCCCAAUUCCCACCAUUUUUAUCGGUGGAAAUCACGAAGCUUCUAAUUAUUUGUGGGAAUUGUAUUAUGGGGGAUGGGCAGCGCCUAAUAUAUACUUCCUAGGAUUUGCUGGAGUGGUUAAGUUUGGUGGCAUUCGUAUCGGUGGACUUUCUGGAAUUUACAAUGCGCGCCAUUUUCAUUUAGGACACUUUGAGAGGCCUCCUUAUAAUGAAAGUACUAUUAGGUCUGUAUAUCAUGUUCGUGAAUUUGACGUGUACAAACUCUUGCAAGUUGAGGAACCAAUUGAUAUUUUUCUUUCGCAUGACUGGCCUCGUGGUAUUACUGAUUUUGGGAACUGGAAGGAACUUGUUCGGUAUAAAAGACAUUUUGAAAAAGAGAUUCAGGAUGGAACUCUUGGAAGUGAAGCUGCUUCUCAACUGUUGGAGAAGUUAAAACCUUCUUAUUGGUUUUCUGCUCACCUACACUGUAAAUUUGCAGCUGCUGUUCAACAUGGAGAAGGUGGUACAGUAACAAAGUUUCUUGCACUUGACAAGUGUCUUCCAGGACGUAGAUUUUUACAGGUUUUUGAACUUGAAUCAGAGCCGGGACCUUAUGAGAUUCAGUAUGAUGAAGAAUGGUUGGCCAUAACACGGAAGUUCAACUCUCUAUUCCCUCUGACCUAUAAAAGCGCAAAUUUUGGGGAUGUACAGCUUGACAUGCAAGAUUCUCGUCAAUGGGUCAGGAGCAGGCUACAAGGAAGAGGAGCUAAACCUUUUGAGUUUGCUCGCACAGUCCCUUGUUACAAUCCCUCUCAAUCUGUGUCUAUUGAUUCUUUGUCUGAAAACCCUCGGAAUCCACAAACGGAGUCUUUCUUGCUGUUACUAGAACUUCCAAAUCUUCUUGACAAUGCACAGAAUCCUGCUUCAUCAAGUCAUAUAGCUCCUGAUAUUGACUCUGAAGAAAUUCCCAUUGAUGAUAUCGAUGAUAUAGAAGAACUUCCAGAAGAAAGCUCUGCCAUACCUCUCAAUCAAUCCGAGGAAUGGAAUGGAAGGGCCUCAUCGGCUGAUUUCUAUAAGAUAAGAAUGACUAAGCUAAAACCAUCCUCUUCAAGCUUCAGAGUUUCCAUGGAGACAAUACUACUUGUUUUUUCUGCUACAGCUAAACUAUACAGCCUUCUUAUAUUUUUGAUAGUCGUUCUUGUCGCUUCUCCUUCUUGUGCCGAUCUCUCUUUCAACUUCUAUGCAGCUUCAUGCCCCACUGCUGAGUUCAUGGUUAGAAACACAGUGAGAUCAGCUACCUCUGUUGACCCAACCAUCCCUGGGAAGCUUCUUCGCUUGGUUUUCCAUGACUGCUUUGUGAAUGGCUGUGAUGCAUCUGUGCUGAUACAAGGAAAUGGGACAGAGCGAAGUGAUCCGGCGAACACCUCUCUUGGAGGAUUUUCAGUUAUUGACUCAGCGAAAAGAGUACUUGAAAUAUUUUGUCCAGGAACCGUUUCUUGUGCUGAUAUUCUCGCUUUGGCCGCAAGAGAUGCUGUUGAAGCUGCAGGUGGACCAGCAUUUCAGAUUCCUACAGGUAGAAGAGAUGGCACAGUAUCCAGAGCAGCAAAUGUCAGAUCCAACAUUGUAGAUACAAGUUUUACAAUGAAUGAGAUGAUUAAAGUCUUUUCAUCCAAAGGGUUGUCCCUGCAUGACCUUGUUGUUCUAUCAGGAGCUCACACAAUCGGAUCAGCUCAUUGCAGCGCUUUCAGUGAGCGGUUUAAGGAGAUCUCAAAGGGGAAACGCACACUGAUUGAUGCAUCCCUUGACAAGAGCUAUGCGGAUGAGCUAAUGCAAAAGUGCCCUGCAGGUGCAAGCUCAUCUGUAACUGUUAAUAAUGAUCCUGCGACAUCAUUUGUCUUCGAUAACCAAUAUUACCAAAAUCUGAUAGCGCAUAAAGGGCUCUUUAAAUCAGAUUCAGUUCUUUUAACUGAUGAAAGAACAAGAAAAACAUUGGAGGCUUUUGCAAAUGAUCAAGACAGUUUUUUCCAGAGCUGGGGUCAAUCAUUUUUGAAGCUUACUAGCAUUCAAGUAAAGACCGGUGAGGAAGGGGAAAUUCGACAGACUUGUUCACUCACUAAUGGUUGAAGAAGAUUAAAGAAUCAAAGCAAACUUCAUUCUCAAAAUCGAACAAUGGUUCAACUGCACAUCACCUCUUGCGUACAUAAUCAUAAAUAGUUCUUAGUCUCAAACUAUCAGUUGGGAAGUCUUUUUUAUUCAUUUGUUUUGCAAUUGUUGCUGUGUUCGUUUUGUUUUGAUUGUUUUCU